CCAUAUGGUGCAACAACGGUGAAAUUGCUGAGGGAUCUAGUGAUAUGUCUGGUAACAAAAAAUCAGUGUCAAAGGAUAUUGCUCCUGGCGAAGGUGGAAUUUUGCUGGUCAACUCAUCAAAAAAGCGUGCGGUGACCGAAUUUUAUGUAGACAACAAAGUUGAAACAGGAAAGGAAACCAGCAUAUUCCAGAAACUUACUAAGACGGUUACAAAUAAUAUGCAGUCCCUUAAACAAACCGUCACAUUAAAAGAUAACAUGGCUUUCCCUAUUCAUAAUGAAAAAUACAACAUUAAAGCAAAAGAUGCAGCAAACCAAUAUUGGACAUCAGAUAACAUUAAUCGCAUCGCUCUCAUGAAUGAAGAUGAAAAUGAUCCAACCCAACUGUGGAAGCUACUCUCUACUAAUACCCCCGACGUAUAUUUCAUUGCUAAAUACGUGCCCGGACAAGAAGAAAUGGAAAUGUGUGUCACAUGGGUUCCGUCCCAAAAAUUCUUCCAAUUAAAACCUCAAGAUUGGGCAGAUAAAUAUCAACAAUUUACAUUCGAACAACGUCUCGGUGGGUAUACUACAGCCAUUUGUAAUGUAAAAGAUUGCUCCAUAUAUGCAGCGCGUUCAGACCGUUCGGAACUUUCAGACUACUUGGUUGGUCCUGGAGAUGAAAUUCUGUGGCCAUACCAAUCUGAACGGGAUCAAGACGCAGAAACUGUCUGGCAAGCAUUUAAACACAAUUUAGGUGGUCACGAUUAUUAUAUUGUAGCCCAAAAAUUAUCACAAGAAUUAAACAAUAACCAAAUAUUUUCUGUUGAAGAUGGCAAUGUCACAACUAAACAUGUAUUAUCUCGUCGUCGAUCACAAUUAGAGAGAGAAAAGGAAGAAUAUGAUAAAUUGGAAUCGCAUAUUUCUAACGUCAAAAGAAAAUAUGAAGAAGAUUCCUAUCAUGAAUUUAUUUGCCACUUUGAUAACAUAAAUCCUAUAGUUUCCAAUUUAUUCACACAAGAUGAGAUUAACGAGAUUGCUAAUAUUGACUGUUUCGUAAAAUGGCGAGGAUUUGAAGAACCAUUUAUAUCCUGGACAAGAAAGUUAGCGUCAAAAGAAGCUGUUGAAAUUCCGAAAAUAAUAAAAAAAGAGAUCAAAGAAGAGUAUAUAUACGUUUUACAAAUGUAUAAGAAUCUUAAUAAAAUAUGGUCCAAUGGACGAUAUAAUAAUAGAUGUAAAGGUGAUAGAUCUAUUCUCGAAGAUACUCAUCUUCAUCUUGUCGUUCAUGAUCUGCUAUAUGACACUAUAGAAGGAAUAAACAAUGUUAACGUUGAUUGGUAA